AUCCCCGAUUGUUGUUGAAAGAUAAACCCAACCGGCCUCUCCUCUCCUCUCUCAGGUUUCUCCCCUCCUUCUCAAUUGGACUAAUCCCUCGUCCGUCAUGUUGUUCAGAUCUGCAUGGGCCCGUCAAGCGGCACCCUUGAGGCGUCAGGCUUUUGCCCCCAUCACCCGCCGCGCCGUCACCACUGACGCCGCCUCAUCGCAUGCUGAAAAUAUCCCAGAGGAAGAUGACAAGCCGUUCACUGUCCAACUCUCCGAUGAGAGCUUUGAGACUUAUGAGAUCGAUCCUCCUCCCUACACCCUGGAGGUGACCAAGAAGGAGCUGAAGCAGAUGUACUCCGACAUGGUCAUGAUUAGACGUCUGGAGAUGGCCUCCGAUCGUCUGUAUAAGGAGAAGAAGAUCAGAGGCUUCUGCCACUUGUCGGUUGGCCAGGAAGCUGUCGCCACCGGUAUCGAACACGCUAUUAGCCCCGACGAUAAGAUCAUCACAUCUUACCGAUGCCACGGUUUCGCUCUGAUGCGCGGUGGUACCGUUCGCUCCAUCAUUGGAGAGCUGCUGGGUCGUCGUGAGGGUAUUGCCUACGGAAAGGGUGGCUCCAUGCACAUGUUCGCCCCCAACUUCUACGGUGGUAACGGUAUUGUCGGUGCCCAGGUCCCCGUUGGUGCUGGUCUUGCCUUUGCCCAGCAGUACAACGAGGAGAAGACUGCCAGUAUCGUCCUGUACGGUGAUGGUGCCGCCAACCAGGGUCAGGUCUUCGAGGCCUUCAACAUGGCUAAGCUCUGGAAGCUCCCCGCUCUCUUCGGCUGUGAGAACAACAAGUACGGUAUGGGUACCUCCGCCGCUCGUUCCUCCGCCUUGACCGAGUACUACAAGCGCGGCCAGUACAUCCCCGGUAUUAAGGUCAACGGGAUGGACGUCCUUGCUACCAAGGCGGCCGUGAAGUACGCCAAGGACUACGCCGUUGCCGGUAACGGUCCCCUUGUCUUCGAGUACGUCACCUACCGUUACGGUGGUCACUCCAUGUCCGACCCCGGUACCACCUACCGUAGCCGUGAGGAGGUUCAGCGCAUGCGCAGCACCAACGAUCCCAUUGCGGGUCUCAAGCAGAAGAUCCUCGACUGGGGUGUGAUGACCGAGGAAGGCCUCAAGACCCUGGACAAGGAGGUGCGUGCCUUUGUUGACGAGGAGGUCGCCAUCGCCGAGAAGAUGCCGGUCCCCGAAAACAACCCCCGCAUUCUGUUCGAGGACAUCUACGUCCGUGGCAGUGAGCCCCGAUGGAUGAGAGGCCGCACAGUCGACGAGACCUUCUACUACUAGAUUCCUCCUCUCUUGAUUGUAUAGGAUGAUGAUGAUGAUGAUGCUGUUGUCCUAAGGUUUCAUUUUUCUCUUUGCUCUCGAUUUUAUUUUCCUGCUAUAAUUUAGGGAAGGAAAAAAGCGAGUAUCCCGCGCGCCGAGUCUGGAAGAAAAAAAAAAAAA